UUAUUGAGACUUUAUGAUAGUCCAAGCUGUGGCUUUAUAGAUAUUGCACGAAUUACACUUCUCAGCAUGUCAGUGGCUGGUAGUUGUAGUAUCAACAGCCAGAGAGCAAUGAUUGAAGUUGAAAUGCUUGUUAUCUGCCACAGAAGCAAGGGCCGAUAUAAUCACAUUGCGGCCACUACUCAUCUGAGAAGAAAUCCCCCAGCUUCAGAUUAGGGUGUGUGGUCUUUGCCCUUAAGUAAGAUGGCCGUAGCUGUAACUCCCUUUGGUCACAUGAUGUAAUCAGCGGCCGCUAGAGCGAUGGUUUGUACGUGAGCUGGUCUGCUUAGCUUUGUCGCCAGAAGACGUAACCAGCGGCCAUUUUGAUAAUGCUCGUAACAGCUGCGCAACAAAUAGAAGUGACUACACAAGCAUGGCCGCCAGGAGAACGGAGGGCACAGCUCUGGAAUCUACAACCAGCACCUGACGUCAUCCAAGUGUGUUUUCUCACUAAGCUUCCGGCGCACUCCGUGACGUCAAAGCCUUGGAGGCAUGGAGGAGACAACAUGAAUAAAGGCUGGUUAGAGCUGGAGAGCGAUCCAGGGCUCUUCACGUUGCUGGUGGAGGAUUUUGGUGUGAAGGGUGUGCAAGUGGAAGAGAUCUAUGAUCUGCAGAGCAAGUGCCCAGGGCCUGUUUAUGGCUUCAUCUUCUUAUUCAAAUGGAUCGAGGAACGACGCUCGCGACGUAAAGUGUCCACCCUGCUGGAUGACACGUCAGUCAUGGAGGAUGAGGUGGUCAAUAACAUGUUCUUUGCCCAUCAGUUGAUCCCUAAUUCCUGUGCUACUCAUGCCCUCCUGAGUGUUCUCCUGAACUGCAAUGGGGUACACCUGGGGCCGACUCUGAGCCGUAUCAAGGACUUCACCAAAGGCUUCAGCCCAGAGAGUAAAGGUUACGCCAUUGGGAACGCUCCUGAACUGGCGAAAGCUCACAACAGCCAUGCCAGGCCGGAGCCACGUCACCUGCCGGAAAAGCAGAAUGGCAUCAGUGCUGUGCGCACCAUGGAGGCGUUCCACUUUGUCAGUUACGUUCCUAUUAAAGGACGCCUAUUUGAGCUGGAUGGCCUGAAGGUUUACCCUAUUGAUCAUGGUCCUUGGGCGGAUGAUGAGGAGUGGACAGACAAGGCCCGCAGGGUCAUUAUGGAGAGAAUUGGACUGGCCACAGCAGGGGAACCAUAUCAUGACAUCCGUUUCAAUCUGAUGGCUGUAGUACCCGACCGUAGACUGAAAUAUGAAAACAGACUGAACAUCUUAAAGAUGAACAGACAGACUGUGCUGGAGGCUUUACAGCAGUUGAUACAGGUGACACAGCCAGAGUUGAUACAGGCCCAGAAACCGUCAGAAAGUCAAAAUAAUGAGGAGUCAAAGGCAAAUCCAGCAAAGUCUGCAGCAGGCCAGGAGGCAACAAACACAGUCAAUACCUCAAAUAAUCCCACAGAUGUGACUGGAGAUGCGGCAGGAUCUGUCCAGCGAGUUUCUGCAACAAAUACAUACAGCAAACUCAACACAGUUCCUCAUAACGGGGGCACAGCCACUGCACAGGCACCUCGGCUCCCUGCUUUCCUGGAUAACCACAAUUAUGCAAAGUCCCCAAUGCAGGAAGAAGAAGAUUUGGCAGCAGGUGUUGGCCGAUCACGUGGAAUCCCACCACCCUCCCCAGACUCAGAUGAAGAGGAGGAAGAGGAGACAGAGACAUCUUCAAGACCAACCCCCAUUUCAGGAUUUAAGAGGAGAAGCUCGGAGACUCUGCCACCACCACCUGGUCCUCCUGAACUUCCAGCUAUUGUCUUGGCUGAGAAAUUAAAAGAAACUCAAAAAGAACUGUGUUCUCCACUCUCUAUAAAGACCGUAGCCCCUGUGGCUCCUCAUUCACAGCCAUCUCCAACCCCCAGCAAUGAGAGUACAGACACAGCUUCAGAAAUUGGCAGUGCUUUCAACUCCCCUCUGCGCUCCCCUUUGAGAUCCGCUAACCCCACACGAUCCUCAAGUCCUGUCACGUCUCAUCUAUCUAAGAUCCUGUUUGGAGAGGAGGAGCCUCUUCUACGAUUGGACUCCGUUCGAUACAACCGUGCAGUACGGGAGCUGGGGCCACUGGUUGGCACUGGGAUUCUACACCUUAGUCGAGAUGGGCAUCUUUGUACACACCGGAUAGAUUCAGGAAAGGUUUCCCCUAAAAUCGGCAAACUAGAGGAAGGAAGAGAAAAUUCAGAGGCAGAUGGAUCCCGCUGCAAAGUCCCUGAUGCUCCAGUAGGAGACAGGUUUUCUCCAAAGGAACUCUUGGCCCUCCUAAAGUGUGUGGAAGCUGAAAUCGCUACUUCCGAGGCUAGUCUUAGAGAAGAACUAGAAAAGCGCAAGAAAUUCAAGAUUGACGACCAGAGAAGGACCCACAACUAUGACGAAUUUAUCUGUGCCUUCAUUUCUAUGUUGGCUCAGGAAGGAAUGCUGGCCAGCUUGGUGGAGCAGAACAUAUCGGUCAGAAGAAGGCAAGGAGUCAGCAUCGGUCGUCUGCAUAAACAGAGAAAGCCAGACCGUCGCAAACGUUCUCGUCCUUACAAGGCCAAGCGCCAGUAAUUCCAUAGUAGUUAGUUUUCCCUCCGAAGAGUCAUUAAAGUAUUCCGGCCAUAGACAUCUUAUGCCCUAUCCAACGGAUAGGGCAUAAGAUGUCUGAUCGCAAGGGGCCUGUCGCUGUAACUCCCUGUGAUCUCCGUACAGCACCUGCAUUCUAUGCCGGGCUGCUGCUCCAGUCUCUGAAACCUCUGUGUUUCCUGUACUGGAGACAUGACAUCAUGCCACGCCCCCUCGUAACAUCACACCACGCCCCCUCCAUUCAUUUCUAUGGGAGGGGCGUGAGGGUCCCAGCGGCAGGCCCCCUGCGAUCAGUCAUCUUAUCCCCUGGAUAGGGAUAAGAUGUCUAUGGCCGGAAUACCCCUUUUUAUGGGAUAUUGACAUAAUGUUAGGAAGGAUCCCCCUGUGCUCACACCCAUGUAUAUGAUGUAUAUAAAUGGUUUUUAUACCUCUUAUGUAUAAUCAUGUUCUGUUUCACCUGUAUUGCUUUCUUGUUGUUCACAUCCCCCCCCCCCACCCCCCGCACGCUUGGAACAUUAUUUAGCAUCAGAAACCAUGCCACAUGACUAUUCCUCUACAGAGAACUCACUGGUGUUGUGCUGCGGGCAGGUCCCAGACUGAAUAUGAAACACUGGCUGGUUCUAUAGCAUCCAAAUCACCACAGAUCACACUAAAACAAGUCAAUAGAGGUGACAGUAUGUUGUAGCUGUUUCCUUUUCUUUCUCUUUUUUUCUAUAUAGUGAUGUAAUAAACAUGAGAAAACACCCUAAAAAUGCAUGAAAAUAAUGUAUGCGAGAUAAGUUGAUCGUGCCAGAGGGAUCUUGCACACCCUGGGGGGACAUUACACCAGAACACUCUGCGUUAUACGUGGUUGAAAAUAUUGUCUCCUGUUCUAAAUGUGUCAGGAAAUUUCAUUAAUUUAUUUUUCUAGCUAAACCUGCUAACAUACCUUACCCAGUUUAUUGGUGAUGUUCAUUUUGGUGCCCUAUGUACUUAUUAAGCCAGACACUUCUGCUUAGUUCUCAACAAGGAGGCUGCACAGGUACAAACUCCAAUGACAACCGAGCAGUGGUGACCACCCCCUCGACAGUCCAUGUGCUUUGUUGCAGCCUUUGGAUUGUCAAGGUUGCAGUUAAAGGGGUUUCUGUGCCGGACGCUGCCUCCGAGACAGGGACAUGACGUCACAGCCACACCCC